CAAGCUGUGGGCGUUCACGCACACACACAUAUGUAACUAAUGAUGUAACGUCAGUCGGUUGUAGAGACGCACUUAGCUCUCACGUGCGCAAAUAAAUGUGAUCAAUAAAUAAGAACACGCAUUUCAUUUCGGGUCACCACUCCUCCUUCUGGUAAUUAGGGAAACAACCCUAAAGUGGUGACCCCGACGUGAUCUAGCAUUUAGUGAGUGCAGAACAUUAUUAUUUUUUGGACUAAUUGUGAGUGCAGCAAGAUGUACCCGGCAGGCCACCCUACCGCCGCCGCCGGUGGAGUCGGCGGAAGCGACCCAUCUAAAGCGAACAUUCAAGUGCCUGUGCUGUCACCCCAGGAAGUACCUACCCCCGCGCGCAGUGAGGUGGAAUCCAUCUCGCUAGCCUCCAGGGUCAGCGAGUUCUGGCCUGAUCAGCCACGGGUCUGGUUCGUCAGGACUGAGGCGAUCCUAGGGCCACAGAAGUUGAGCGACGAGGCUCGCUUCGAUCUAGUUGUGCAGAAGCUGGGCAAGGACGUCGUCAACCACGUCACCGACAUCCUGAUCAACCCGCCACCAACUAAGAAGUUCGACACCUUGAAGCAGCGUCUUCUUGCGAUCUACGAGGAGUCACACAAUCGCCAGAUCGAGAAGGUGAUCAGCGAGUUCGAGCUGGGCGAUCAGAAGCCGUCCCAGCUACUACGGCGCAUGCGAGAAAAGGCGAUGAACAAGUUCCCGGACGAAACCCUCAGCGUGAUCUGGCAGAACCGUCUGCCCAAACAGGUGCGCGCAGUCCUCGCAGUUUCAGCGGUGACCGACCUCGAGGACCUGGCAGCCGUCGCUGAUAAGGUGAUGGAAGCUACAGGAAGCCAGCACGUAUCGGUCGUGUCGCAGCCGCAGCAACCCAGCACAUCAUUCGACGUCUCUCUCGUGAUGGCCGAGAUUGCGAAGAUAAACGUGAAGCUGUCGGGUAUGGAACGGUCACGCAGGAACGACAGACCUAGGAAUCGCUCAAGGUACCGUAACACGUUCCGUAAUACGUCCCGUAGCUCAUCGCGUAAUUCACCCCGCCGUCGACCCGACAACUGGCUCUGCUUCUACCAUCAUCGCUUCCGGGAGAACGCCCAAAAAUGCUCGUCACCCUGCGCCUGGAAAAAACCGGAAAACUGAAUGGCAUACAUGCGACGGUGGACGCAUGUGCCAUUCUUCCCUGCCACCGACUAUGCAUCUCUGAUUGGAACUCCGGAUAUCGUUUUCUGGUAGAUACAGGAGCUAAUGUCUCCGUACUACCGGCAACACGGAAGCAACGUUUACACGUGAGUUCGGACUAUAAACUGUUCGCAGCUAACGGUACCGAGAUAAAGACCUACGGUACUAAGACAUUAGAGUUAAAUUUAAGAUUACGUAGACCUUAUAGAUGGGAGUUUAUUUUAGCAGAUGUCAAACAACCGAUAUUGGGUGCUGAUUUUUUAACCCACCACAAAUUAUUAGUUGAUCUAUCAGCUCGAAAACUUAUAGACCAGAUGACUGAUUUAAAUGUUGUAGCUUCAGUAGAGUCCAUAAAACACCCAUCAAUAAAGUCUACGAAUGACCUUAAUCAACCUUAUCAAAGUAUACUAACUAAGUAUCCGCAUUUAACCAAACCUAUGUCAUUCCGGGAAACUCCCCCGCACAAUGUUAUGCAUUAUAUAGAGACGACCGGACCUCCGGUUCACGCUAAAGCCCGCCCAUUGCCACCCCAUAGGUAUACAAAAGUUAAAGAAGAAUUCCGUUUAAUGCAGGAGAUAGGUAUCUGUCGACCUUCGAAAAGUGCAUGGUCUAGCCCGUUGCAUAUUGUUCCUAAGAAAAACGGCGACAUUCGGCCGUGCGGAGACUAUCGACAGUUGAAUGCAAAGACGAAGCCCGACAGAUAUCCUAUUCCA